CCUCUGCUUACCUCUAUGGUCUCGCUCUCAGCCGGCCUCCGGGUGUUUCUGCGCAUGCGCGGGGCUGCUGGCGCUGUCUAUGGUGUUCCUCUGCAGCUCCAAAGAGAAGCGACAGAUCUGCAAAGGUCCUGCCAUCUAUCAUCCGCCAUGAGAACUUUGACAACUUUGGUUGUUCUGACCACUCUUCUGGCUGGAGGGAGCUGUUUAAUCUGUGAGACCUGCAUUGGUCCUGGUCAAGGCUGCACUGGCUUGGCUCAGCCCUGUGAAACCCAUGAAGACACCUGCCUCACCUCUAUUGGCAUGAACUCUUUAGGGGGAAGCAAUAAUAUAGAGACCCUCAAGGCCUGUGUUGCCGCUGAGGACUGCUAUGCUGGCUCCAUCAGCGUCACCACGAAUGCUGGGUUGCAUCUGGAGAGCAUUUCCAGUUGCUGCCACGACAACCUUUGCAACCGCCAGGAUCUGAAUUUGCUACCUGUAAACCUUACUGCCAAUGGGCUGGAGUGCCCCGUGUGUUUUGCCUUUGGGUCUGAUCACUGUGAGGGGACAGAGUUUCUGAGUUGCACCGGAGAAGCAAGUUACUGCAUCACAGUGUCUGGGACGCUACGUGCUGGUGGUCUCCCCUCUUCCUUUGCAGCAAGAGGCUGCAGCACAGAAAUUGCCUGCACCCUGCCCCUGAAAACGGCCCUUUACACAACGGGCCUCGUCUUUAACCUCGACAGCAUGGAAUGCAGUUCAGCCCUAAAAGCCAGGAAAGGCUGAAGGUCAAAAACCCAAAAGCUUGGCACUCACUGUCAUUUGCGUGCACCGCUUCUUAGGUCUGCAAGCUCUACAGUGUCCAAUUCUCCCAGAUUCAAAUAUCUAAAAUCCAUAGUACAUCUUAAAAAGUUUGCUGCUGUACAUGUUCUUUACCUCCUGUAUCUUCAUGAAAGAAAUGCUUACUAGAUAACAGGGAUGAAAAUAAAUAUUUUACAAUACUCAGAA